CUCAUGAAGACCCACCCGCUUUGAAAACCUAUAAAAUGAGUGCUGAAACAGGGAUGAUUUUAAAAUCACAUUCUGAUCAAAAAUGGAUUUGCAGAUCUUAGUUUUUUUUCUGUUCUUGCUUUUUACUGCAGGACACUCUCUCAGCUGUUACAAGUGCACAAACCCCAUAGGUUCUUGUGCAGAUCCAACGGUAGAAACAUGUCCCAGUGGAUCUUACAAGUGCUCGACACAAACAGUGACACAAAUUGGUUCCACUAAGGUGACCAGCACAGUUAAAGAGUGUGCACGUGACUGUGAACCUGCGACCAAACCGAUAGGAACUGGGACUGCAUCUCUCCAGUGCUGUGACUCUGACCUUUGCAAUGCAGCAGAUGGGAUGUGUAAGGGAAGCUUCCUCCUGCUGUUGUGUCCUCUGUUCUUCUACUUCCUGUUUCAUUGGAGCAAUGAUGUGAACAUGAAUUUCAUCAACAGCUCCAAUUACUCCAAGGAAGCCCACAAUCCUUGUAAGUGGCUUAUUUUUGCAGCAUGGUUUGACGGUCAGUUGGAAAAUCAAUUAAAUGACAUAUAGUAGUAGCCAAGAGAACAAAAACAUGUUGCUGAUUUUGUAGGCAUAUUGCAAAUUUGCUUGGAGUGAAUUGUUUUUAUUUCUGAUAAUAUUACAAUGAAAAUGCCAAAUUGUGUGGUCAUAAUUUUUUACCAUGCAGUCAUACAAAGAAAUUAUGAACACAAGCAAAAACAAGACAGGACCAGCAAAAUAUUAAUAACUGACUAUUUUGUAAUCAAUGGGCCUUCAUUCAUUUUUUGUGUAAAUUGUUCGUAAAACCACUCUGAAAUAAAGCUCACACUGUCACUAUUUACCCAGCCGUAAAUGAGCUGGGUCUUCAAAGAGUGGAUCACAAAUAUUCAAAAAUGUGACACUGAGCAGCUACUCUGGUGUUGUAGGUAGCUGUAUUUUGCUUGAUUCUCUGAGUAACUUCCAUCCAAUUACAGGCUUCCCUCCUGAUAUACUACAUCAGGGAUGCAAAACUCUAAUUACUCCAACACACAUACCCAUAGUUUUUUAAUAACCCUGACGGGCUUGAUUAGCUAGAUUUGAUCAAUUUAAUGAGGGUCGAUGCUAAACUCUGCAGGGCUAUUCUUUUUACCCCCAAGAGGAAGAAUGAACAAGUACUGAAUACAUCAGGAUCUUGAUGGCUGGUGAAAUAACUACCUCUAGCAUAAACUUUUAUGUCAAGUCAGCUUUAUUUCUCUAGUAAAUUAUAUAAUACACAUUCAGAUUAUGCUGUAAAGCAGGUCUGAAAGACAAGAGUGUCAUUAUUCAGUUCAAGUCAGUUCAGAUCAAUAACUGUGAAGUUCAUCAGUUUGAAAUGACACCAAUUCAGCUUUAAACAGUUCUACAAAAGAAAGCAAUGUAGUUAUUCAAUUAGAAUCAGUUCAGUGUUGGCUGAAUUCAGUCAGGUACCAAUGUCAAUGUUGGAAGAUGUGAUUCAGCUGCAAUAUGCCAUCAUCCAGUGUAUCUGAAACUCAAAAGUUGGUUUGUUUCUGGAAGUGUCUCCACAGUGAUGGCACAUGUCAGGCUUAUCUUCAAUGUCCCUGCAUGAUUCCUAGGCUUUUCUUGUCUGUAAAACUCAGUUCACACAUCUGACAUUUAAACAUGUCCCUCUUGAAUAACUCUUUAUGUGGUACUUAAAGUUUCAAACUUUUCAGAUGAAACCUCUCUCCAGUAUGAAUUCUCAUGUGUCUGUUAAGGCUUUCUUUAUGAGUCAAACUCUUUCCACACUGUUGGCAGGUAAAACGACUCUUCAUAGUGUGAAUUUUCAUGUGGGCUUCAAGAUAUUGUUUUUGAGUAAAAAUCUUUCCACACUGAGGGAUCGUGUAAAACUUUUCUCCAGUGUAAAUUUUCAUGUGACCAUUAGGGUUUGUUUUCGCUUUAAAGUUUUUCUACACAGUUGGCAGAUAAAGGGUUUCUCUUCAGUGUGAAUUCUCAUGUGGAUUUUAAGGUUUCCAGGUUGACUGAAACUCUUUCCACACUGAUAACGUGUGUAAGGCUUCUCUCCUUUGCCUGUUAAGGUUUAUUUUGUCACUGAAUCUGUUUCCACACUUGAUAGCAUGUGAAAAGAUUCUCUCCAGUGUAAGU